AAAGGGAAUCCCCUAAAUUAUAUUUAGAAAGACACGACACCGGUAACAUGCUUCAACCACAGGGAAAGUGGUCAUCUAUAUACCAGCAUCCAAAGUACAAAGAAAUUGAAAAGUUCAAUAUUACGAAUGAGGAACAGGGGAAAGCUGCUUGCCUGGUGUACCUGGAUCUGUGUGAAGGAAAACAGUGGUGGAAUGUUGACCUUCAUCCUUGUCAUGACCUUGACCUUGUUUUAAUAUCUGGACAUGCAACUAGACACACAUCCAGAGAGUUGGUGCUCCCCCUACCCCGGGGAUGUUCAGUAUCCCCUAGUGAUCUCCAGAACUACCUCCACAAAGCCAGCUUGGGUGACUACCAUACAUCAGGAAUAACAAUGGCGAUCAUGGAUACAGAUUCCACGACUGUUUACUACAAAAUUUCAGAUGGCCUUGUACCGCCAGCCUCUCCAGAAACUACUGAGCUGAAGAAGCUGAACCAUACAGAACUGAUUAACAAAAAUAGACUUGGUGUGGUAGCCAGUGUUGAUAAGUACAUAGAGAGGAAACGCAAAAUUGACAGAGCAAGUGAAUUGGAAAUAGAUCAGACAGAGUUAGUGAAACAUAUGCAACAUUCUGAUGGAACACUAUGAUGAAUUACACAAGGUAGAAAUAAAUACGGGGAUGUGAAGCUGGAACAUGUUUAAGUUCACAGUUGGAACAGGCUGAACUUAGUACUGUAAAUCUAGAAUACGCUACGUACAGAAUAGUGUAAAGUUGAAACAGGCUAAAGUGUAAAAUCUUUAAUCUAGAAUGUGCUGGAGUGUAAAGCUGAAACAAGCUAAAGUAUAAAUCUACUGGAAGAGCUGAAGUGUACCGUAAAUCUAAAAUGUUCUGGAUUGUAAUGCAAGAACAGGCUAAAAUAUAGUGUUAAGCCACAACAGGCUAAAGUAUAUAUCUAGAAUGUGCUGGAGUGUAAAGCUGAAGCAAGCUAAAGUAUAAAUCUAAAAUGUACUGGAGUGUAAAGCCAGAACCGGCUUAAGUGUAGCAUAAAUCUAAAAUGUACUGAAGUGUAAAGCCAGAACCGGCUUAAGUGUAGCAUAAAUCUAAAAUGUACUGGAGUGUAAAGCCAGAACCGGCUUAAGUGUAGCAUAAAUCUAAAAUGUGCCGGAGUGUAAAGCAGGAACAGGCUAAAGUGUAAAAUCUUAAAUGUGCUGGAGUGUAAAGCUGGAACAGUUAAAGUGUAAAUUUAGAAUGUGCUGGAGUAAAGCGGAACAGGCUAAAGUAUAUAUCUAAAAUGUGCUGGAGUGUAAAGCUGGAACAGUUAAAGUGUAAAUUUAGAAUGUGCUGGAGUAAAGCGGAACAGGCUAAAGUAUAUAUCUAAAAUGUGCUGGAGUGUAAAGCCACAACAGGCUAAAUAUAUAUCUAGAGUGUAAAGCUGGAACAGUUAAAGUGUAAAUUUAGAAUGUGCUGGAGUAAAGCGGAACAGGCUAAAUAUAUAUCUAAAAUGUGCUGGAGUGUUAAGCCACAACAGGCUAAGUGCACUGUAAAUCUAGAGUGUCCUGGAGUGUAAAGCUGGAACAGUUAAAGUGUAGAUCUGGAAUGUACCGGAGUGUAAAGCUGAAAUCCUCGUUAGUAUAAAGCAAGCUAGAGUGUAAAGUUUGCUGAAGUGUAAAACUGGCUUAAGUGUAAUGCUGGCUGGAGUGUAUUUGAUUAGUCUGCUGAAGUGAAGUUGGCUGAAAUGUAUUUUUGGCUGAUGUGUAAAGCUGGCUGGAGUGUAUUAAGCUGGUUGGAGUGUAUAUAGAUAGCUAAAUUUAUAUUUAGCUGGACUGUAAAACUGUCUAAAGUGUAUGGAGAGUUCAUGUAAGAGAAGUAACUCUAGGGACCAGCUAGGGACCUAGUUCUUUAAUAAAUCAUUAAUCAGGUGGUGUGAGAAUUCCAAAGCAAAAUAUUGUAAAACAUAAAAUUUGUGUCUACUUUAUUUGGGGGUUUGGAGCUUUUGAAUUAUUUUGUAGGUACAAACCUCCAUGGUAAGUCCAUGCAACAUUAAUUGUUUGUAUUUAUAUUCAUGUUUCCAUAGCAACCACAAAAACAAAGAAAAUUUAUACACGGACCAUUUCAUGUUAUACAGUAAAUUUUUUUCUCCUGAUGAAAUAAAAAUCCUUGAAACCAAACCUGUUGCUUUACUGUGACCUUUAACUGAUGUACAUAAUUAUACUUGUUUAUGGGGGUAAUGGUGUCCAGAUAUUGCUUAAAUACAUUCUCAGACUAUGUACAUGGUACAAUACACAGAUAUCUGGUGAGAUAGACGAUGCACAAAGUCCGGAACAAAAACACACAACAACACAUAAAAGUCAGGAAAUAUAUAGUAAUCAUGAAACCAUAUGUAGUGUUGACACCCAGCUCAAAAAUACCCUGGUAGUAAUCCUGAAACUAUCUUUAGUGUUGAAAUCCACCCAUAUGAUUGCUGUUCUAAAAUGUAAACUUUAUUUUACAACAAUUGCGAAACAAGUUAUAUGAACUUAUAUCAAUAACGCUUGUUGGCCAGGAUGGAAGCGCGCAAGGUGUCUUACUGUGGGAGGAGCCAGAGUACCCAGGGAAAACCCAUGUGGUCGGGCAGGUGACUCCAUACCUUUUCACGUACGAUCGGAGAACUGAACCCCAGCUGCCUAGGUGAAAGGCAAGUGUGUUACCACUGUGCCACCCCAGCACCUGUUCUAGUAACAGUAAUCAUAUAUACACCACAACACACAGAUCAGUUUUCCAUUUUUAAUAUUAAUUUUUAAUAUUAGUAUGCAUAUAACAAGUACAACAUGUAAAUAUAUAUGAGGUAACGGUCAAUCUGAGACACAGAUGUUUCCCUUUAAUUUCUGUAUAGUAUAUGGCUUGAAUCAGAACAGACAGUACAGAAUAUUUCCAUUGCAAAAACUUUCUGUGGAACAGGGACGCAAUAAGUAAACAGACAGCAAUUUGUGCAAACAAUUCAAGGUUGUUUCCCAGGUUGCUUUCAAAGACUAAUAGAAACUUGCAUGUGCCUGUUCCGGGGACUGAAUCCGAGCUGAAAGUUUGGCAGGUCAGCAAGAUGCUAUGGGUUGGGCUAUUUCUGUCCAUGGUAUAGGCCUAUGUUUGAUUAUUUUUCUCACUUACUGUACUUAAGAAAGUAAGUUGUAGUUAAGGUGUUGUGAAUCUUUUCCAUCAUGCCAUCAUUAAAAUAUGCAUCAAAAUUGAUUAUGUUAUCAAUUUGUGACAUGGUUACGCUACAUAAAGUGAUGACCUUACACACGAUUGUGAGUGGCAUCAUAGAGUGUGUCAGCUGUCUUUCCCCAUCCCGAGUGAGAUUGAUUUAUUGAUCGAUUUAUCCCAUCCCUAGCAACCAUGGGUUCACCCUGUGAAGUUAUUCCAUCCCUAGCAACCAUGGGUUCACCCUGUGAUGUGAGAAAUGGAGAUAAUUUAGGGAUACAUAACUAUAUUUUAUCACUGUUCGGCGGGAAUGUAACAAGUAAAAUUGGAAUAGUUUAUAACUGCAGAUACAUAUUUCUUACAUGAUAUUUGCAUAUAAACAAAUAUUUACACUUCCAUAUAAUAAAAAAUAGUUCAUGUAUAAUUGAAAUACUACAUUGUAGAGACACCUAAGUCAAGGUAUACAGCACACGGUAUAGGAUAAACAUGUAUAUCUUAACAAACCUGUUGAUGUUAAUACAGGCCUUAAAGUAAAGGCUCCCAAAUGAUAGAAUUAAAUCAUAGGUCUGACCUGGUUUGAUAAACUUGUUUCAGCAACACUGAUACUACUACAGGGCAACUUUUUUGGGCCAUGAUAAACAAAAACAGUCCAACUGUUUGGGGCCACGAAAAACAAAACAGUCCAAUUGUUUAGGCAAGGAAUAAACAAAAACAGCUCAACUGUUUGGGCCAUGGUAAACAAAAACAGCUCAACUGUUUGG